UUUGGCGGUUCGCUGCCUGGGAUUCCUUUCAAAGUUCCUGUUUGGGUUGGUCAGGUCCGGGAAAACUAAUUUUCCUGGGCAUAGGCCCGGGCAGGAAGGAGGAGAGGAGGGAGGCUUUGUCCUCGGGCACCGCGAUGGGUCUGAAGUCCACGACGCCCCGGGAGCCCCGCUGCAGGUCUGGGGUGCGCACGGCCGCGUCCUCGUACCCGGCUCGCCCGCAGAGUCUGAUGGCGGCUGUGCGUGGAGCGGCGGAUCCGGUUCCUAUUGCUUCAGAGACACCUACCCACUACAGAGAGGGCUGUGUGACCUUUAAAGAUGUGGCCAUCUGCUUCUCAAGGGAGGAAUGGACACUGCUCAGUGACUCUCAGAAGUUCCUGUACCACAGUGUAAUGCUGGAGAACUUCAAACUCAUGGCCUCUGUGGGACUUAUACCUCCUGGGACCCAUGAAAUCACUCAGCUGCAGUCGUGGAAAGAGCCCGUCAUCCCUGCCCGAGGAAUCAUGACUCCAGCUAUGUGGACAGGUUAUUGGAAUGGAGCCAAGGCUGAACAGGCAGCUCUUGAACAGACAGCUCUUGAACAGACGCUUUCUACAGGUAAAGAAAUGAGUACUAGCCUUCACCAACAGCAAAAGCUGAGAAGUGCUGAGAAACCCUUAAAAACAGAAGAGGGCAGGAUCCCAGUUAUGAAGAGCACCAGAAACCACCUGUCAGAGACGAGCUUACAAAGCAAGUGCAGCGGGAUGUACCUGCAGACCAGCUCUCAUCUAGGAGAUUGGAUGACCCACGGUGGUGAUCAGCCACCCAGGAGUACCAAGAGUGCAGAGGCCAUUCCCACUGCAAACAGGGACUAUAAAUGCAGUGACAGUGACAAAACCUUUAGUCAGAAUCCUGUACUUGUUCAGCACCAGAGAUUAUACAGAAGAGAAAAAAAGCCUUUUAAGUGCAGUGAGUGUGGGAAAGCCUUCAGCCGAAAUGCCCAUCUCCUUCGACACUAUAAUGUUCACACUAAAGUAAAGCGUUUUAAGUGCAGUGAAUGUGGAAAAGCUUUCUGGCGUAACUGCUCCCUUGUUGAACAUCAGACCGUUCAUACUGGAGAAAAGCCAUAUAAGUGCAGUGAAUGUGGGAAAUUAUUUAGCAAAAAUUGUCACCUCGUGCAUCACCAGCACGCUCAUUUCAGAUCAAAGCCUUUUAAGUGCAAUCAAUGUGGGAGAUUCUUCACUUGGCAUUCUAACCUCAUCAGACAUGAGAGAGCUCACAGUGAGCCAAAGCAUUAUGAGUGCAGGGAGUGUGGUAAAGUGUUUCGCUACAGCUCUGGCCUUUCUAGACAUCGGAAGAUUCAUUUUGAUAAGUACCUUAUGAGUGUAAUGAAGGUGGAAAGUUCUUCAGUGGUCUGACCUCGACACACUCCAUAAAGUUCACUGAAUGAGUUUUGAAUGCUUCAGAUGUGGGGAGGAGCUUUCACCCUCACCUCCACAAUCCAUUAAACUAGAGAGGUCACAGGGAUAAGAGGAACUGUGAACAGCUUGAAAAAGGGUUUGAGCAGAGGUCUUCUCUGGCUAGCAACAUAAACACAACACUGUUAGGUUUCUUAGUGCAGAGACGGUAGUAAAAAGCUUCAGCCACUGGCCAACCUUGCUCAGCCUCAGGAGUGAGCCUGACUUAAAUCAGAAGCUCAGAAGUGCUGGCAGUAACUUUUGUGGGGGAGCUAGCGAUGUGCACAUUGAGACAACAUGAGGACUGUUGCCGUCAGCUCUUCCCAAGGUGACUUGCCGGAGCUUCAGGGAGAGUGAGUGAGCCCUUUGUUCUUUUUUUUUUUUUUUUUGG